AUGUCCGAACACGACGCCAAGUCGCCCGUCGUCGCGCACGAGGAGGGCGGCAUCAUGUCCUACGAGGGCCAGCAGAUCGUCGCGCCCUCGAUCGGCAAGUCGUACCCCUCGACGCCCAAGGAGCUCGACAGCGAGGACGCAUCCAAGCAGUCGCGCAGCAGCACCCCCAGCCCCUUUGACCUCGGCCACGGCGGCGUCGGACAGACGGCGCGCAAGCUCAAGAGCCGCCACAUCCAGAUGAUUGGUAUCGGCGGCGGUAUCGGCACCGGUCUCUUUGUCGGCGCAGGAUACGCACUCGCCAACGCCGGCCCCGUCGGCGUGCUGCUGGCCUUCACCCUGGUCGGCUCUGUCUUGGUACCCGUCAUGGAAGGCCUUUGCGAGAUGGCCGCCUGCCUUCCCGUCUCGGGCUCCUUCAUGCACUUUGCCACCCGCUUCAUCGAUCCCAGCGUUGGCUAUACGCUAGGCCUCAACUACUUCUACUGUUACGCUAUUGGCAUCGCAAGUGAGCUUAGCGCAGCCUCGUCGGUGAUCCAGUACUGGAACCAGGACAUCAGCAUCGCGGUCUGGAUCACCAUCAUGUGGGUCCUGAUCGCGGCGCUCAACCUGGUUGGCGUCAACUUCUACGGCGAGUCCGAAGUCAUCACUUCGAUGGUCAAGAUCCUCGCCUUUCUCGGCCUCAUCCUCUUCGGCAUCAUCAUCGACCUCGGCGGCGGACCGCACCACGACCGACUCGGCUUCCGGUACUGGAACGACCCCGGUCCGUUUGCGCAGUACGCGGGCAUUGCUGGCGCCAAGGGCCGCUUCCUCGCCUUCUUUUCGGCCAUCCCCAAUGCCGCCUUCACCUACAUCGGCGUCGAGACCGUCGUGCUCGCCGCGGGCGAGGCCUCGAACCCGUCGAAGCAGAUCCCCAAGGCGUCGAAGAGGGUUCUUUACCGCAUCUGCGUGUUCUACAUUCUCUCGAUCCUGAUCAUGGGCAUGAUCGUGCCUUACAACGAGCCGCGCCUCAAGUCCGACGGCCUCUACUCGGCCGCCUCGCCGUGGGUCAUUGCCAUUGACCGCGCCGGCGUCGCGGUACUGCCGCACAUCAUCAACGCCGUCAUCCUCAUCUCGGCCUUUUCGGCGGGCUCGAGCUACGUCUAUGUGGCCAGCCGGUCGCUGUACGCCAUGGCGCUCGAGAAGCAGGUGCCAAAGGUGUUUGCCAUCGUCGACAAGCGCGGCGUCCCCUACCCGGCCGUGCUGUUCUCGCUUUCCUUUGGCGCCUUCAGCUACCUGGGCGUCUCUAGCGGCGGCGGCACGGCGUUCCUCUGGCUCUCUUCGCUCUCGACGGUGGCGGGCCUGUUUGCGUGGGCCACCGUCAGUUGGGCCUACCUGCGCUUCCGCAAGGCGACCAUCGUGCAGGGCUACGACCGCAGCGCGCUGCCCUACCGCGCGCGGCUGCAGCCCUACACGAGCUGGUUCGCCAUCGUCGCGCUGGCCAUCAUCAUCGUCUUUUCGGGCUGGUCGACGUUCCUCAAUGGCAACUUUACCGCCACGAGCUUCCUCACGUCGUACCUGGGCAUCCCGCUGUUUUUCGUGCCGUGGAUCGGGUACAAGCUGUGGUACAAGACCAAGAUGGUGCGCAUCGAGGACAUUGACCUCGACAGCGGACGGCUGGACCCCAAGGACGAGGUCGAGGAGCCCACGCCCACCAACGCCUGGGGACGCUUCCUGGCCUGGGUCUUCUGA